UUGACAAAGAGAACCAACAAGGUCCGCUGUGAAGAGAGGGCAUGGGCUGCUUCCUUGCUUGUUUCGGCUUCUCCAGCAGAAGAAAACAUCAAAGAUCUGACCACUAUAAACUCAUCUCGCCAGAUCAUAGUCAUGGUUCUUACAAGCUUUUGGAAUAUGAUAGCGACAAAGAUAUUCAUGAUCAGUCAAAUCCCUCUAUUCCUGAUUCCAUAAUUAGUAAUGAAGACAUGAAUAGAUGUGAUGCGGCAUUGAAGAAGAGAGUAACCUUCUGUUCGAAUGUAAGAACUUACGAGACAAUACAAAAUGAAGAUUGUACCAGUCCAGUUUCUGAGAUUGGAGAGAAGGAAACUGACAAUGGGGAGGAGAAGGGACCAAGUGGAAUGGAUUCGUUUAUCUCUAAAAUAAACACUUACCCAUCAAACUACCGCUACCAAAAUCUGAGAGACAACUGGAAUGAAGAAGAUGAAGAAGACAUGAUAGAUGAAGAAACUGAUGAAAUGUGGGAUGAUGAUGAUGAAGAUGGCAUAAAAGAGAUUAAUGAAGAAGAUAGUGAUAAUGAACUCUACCCUUCUCAUGUGGAAUCAGAAGAUGAAGAAGAAGAGGAGGAGAAAGUUGAAACUAAUGAUAGGAAUAGUAGAUAUAAUUGCCCUGUUCUACUCCCAGUUGAAAACAUCACCCAGUGGAGAGCACUUAAGGCAAAACAUAAAAGAUCAGCCAAAGUAACGACUGAGAGCAAGGAAAACCUUCAAUUGGAAAUUAUUGACCAAAAUGGGUAACAUCAUCUAUCUCUCUCUCUCAUUCAUGUGAUUAUAUCACAUAGAGUUGUAACUAAAUUCGGCAUAUUCUUUCUUGUAUGCACUAGGCAUGAUGAAACUGGGAAGCCAAGGUUUGGUCACGAACCAGAAUCGAAUUGGAAUGCUCAGAUGCUGAACAUGGAAGUUGAUGACAGCCUCUCAACUACCCUUUGCUAGAACCUGCAGCAUAAGCAAAACAAAAGUUGGGUCCAACUUCAAAUUCAUGGGUUCUCUUGGAGAAGAUAUUCAUGAACAAUUUGAAGAAGUAUAUCAGAGUGUGUAUAGAUUGCGCAAUGAUUUGGUUUUGUUGAAUGAUGUUAUUGAUUAUUUUUUUUCUUUCCCUUUCCCUUCCCACCACAUCUCAUAUGAAUGUCGAUUGUUGUUUCAUUCA